CCCGGGGGUGUGUGGGUGCUCUGCGCUGCCCGGGCCGGGUUUGCUCCCGAUGGGAGGGGGAUUUGCUGCCCCAUCCCCUCACAAAUGGGUGGUUUUGCCCUUUCGUGGCUGUUGUGCCCCCACGCUGGGACGAGCCGGCAGUUCAGGGAUGAUGCUGCUGCUCCCCGAGCUCUCUGGGGGUGCAGGGAGCCCGUGUGGUGCUUUCCAGACACCUCCAAUGAGUUUGGCUCCGAGGAAUUCGGGCUCUGAGGAAUCCAGCCUCCAGACUGCUGGCAGGGAUUCCCCUGGAUUGACCUCUGCUUGCAGGGAGAGCAGCGCUGUCAUCCCCAGCACGUGGGGAUGGGGUGACUCAUGGAGCGCUGGUCCUGAGCAAACGGGAGGUUCCGGGAGGAGGGAAAUGAAAAGCAGAGCUUGGAGGACUUGAGAGCCUUUGUGAUGCUGUUAAAUGCCAGCUGAGUGUGUCACCCCUGCGGCCCAGCCAGUUCACAAGAGCUUGUAAAGCAAAGUCUGUAUUCACCCUGAAGGAAUAUAAGCUUGCCACUUCACUGACUGGCUGGUAAUAGUGGCUCAUCCACCCUCCUUCCUGCCUGUGGUGCCCACCCUGAGACAGGGCAGGGGAAGGGAAGCAGCAGAACUUGUUUGUGCUUUCCCGAACUUAUCCAAGGGAACAGGAUGGAUGGCAAGGAGUGCUACCAGAAGUUGGUUCCAGCAGGGUCCAAGUCUCUUCUUUAAAGAGAAAUUCCAGCAUCGAGGAGGCUGAAAAGCAAAAAAAAAAAACCCAAAAUGGAAGGAGGCAACAGCCCCAGCCUGCAGCUUCAGCAGCUCCCGUUGGCCACAGCAGCAGUUUCUGUGCAGCCACACACAGACUCCUUCUCUUACAAGGAGAACUUGAUUGGGGCAUUACUGGCUAUUUUUGGGCAUCUUGUCAGCAGCAUUGCACUCAACCUCCAGAAAUACAGCCACAUCAGGCUGGCAGGCUCCAAAGACCCCCGGACCUACUUCAAAACCAAGACCUGGUGGAGUGGAUUCUUCCUGCUGGUGCUGGGAGAACUGGGAGUGUUUUCCUCCUAUGCCUUUGCUCCUCUCUCACUGAUUGUGCCCCUCAGUGCAGUGUCUGUUGUGGCUAGUGCAAUCAUAGGAAUUAUAUUUAUCAAAGAAAAAUGGAAGCCCAAGGAAUUUUUGAGGCGCUACGUGCUGUCCUUCGUAGGCUGUGGCCUGGCAAUUGUUGGCACUUACCUGCUGGUGACAUUUGGACCCAACAGCCACGAGAAGAUGACAGCAGAAAACAUCACCAGGCAUUUAGUGAGCUGGCCAUUCCUGCUGUACAUGCUUGUGGAGAUCAUUGUUUUCUGUCUGCUCCUGUAUUUUUACAAGGAGAGAAAUGCAAACUACAUUGUCAUUAUUCUUCUGCUGGUGGCUUUGCUGGGUUCCAUGACUGUGGUGACAGUGAAGGCCGUGGCUGGGAUGAUCCUGGUGUCCAUCCAGGGAACCCUGCAGCUGGACUCACCCAUCUUCUACAUCAUGUUGGUGUGCAUGAUUGCCACAGCCAUCUACCAGGCCACGUUUUUAGCUCAAGCCUCCCAGCUCUAUGACUCAGCUCAGAUCUCCAGCAUUGGCUACAUCCUGUCCACCACAGCAGCAAUCUCAGCAGGAGCAACUUUUUACCUGGACUUCAUGGGUGAAGAUGUUCUCCACAUUUGUAUGUUUGCACUGGGGUGCCUCAUAGCAUUCCUGGGAGUCUUCCUGAUCACCAGGAAUAGGAAGAAGCCUGUCCCCUUUGAGCCCUACAUCUCAAUGGAUGCCAUGCCCGGCAUGCAGAACAUGCACGACAAAGGGAUUGCGGUGCAGCCUGACCUCAAAGCCUCUUUCUCCUACGGUGCCCUGGAGAACAACGACAGCAUGCCAGAAAUCUACACUCCAGCCACGCUGCCCAUCGUGCAGGAGCAGCACGGAUCCAAAGGAGUCUCUGCCCCUCCCUACAGGGUGCUGGAGCACAGCAAGAAGGAGUGAGUGACCUUCAAGGACUGAUUUGAGUUGCCAGGAGUUUGACCUUUAUUUAUUUACCUGUUCAAAUAGAAGCAAGCAUGAAGCUGACCUUGAUAAGAGUUCCAAGCUCGUCUCGAGCUGAACUUUCCAGGCUGAUUGUUAAAACAAACAACUCUUUCUAGUUGGGAAGUUGAAAGCGCCCAUCUUGGCAGGAAGCAGAUCCCAGUUCUGCUUGGAAUUCUGCUGGCUGGGAGUGUGGAAUGGUGAAUGCAGCACCAUGGAACUGAUGAGAGAGGAGAUGCUGUGGAAGAGAAGUGACUGUGCAGUUUCAGCCCUGCUGGGAGUGGUUUUAUCUCCAGACAAGUUUUCAGGAGCUGCUCACAGAGAGAGGAGGGCAGGAUUUAAUCUUUCAUUUACAGGGACUGUGACAGAUUUUCCAGGAAGGCUCUAAAUCCUGGUGUGACCACGGAGCUCCCCUAACACGGCAAUAAAUGGAAUUGUUUUGAAGCACCAACACUGGAACUUGCGGGGUGGUUAGAGCAGCAGAACUGGUGAGAGUGAACACUUCAUCCCUUCAAACCACGAAUUUUGGGCACUUCUGUACAACUGUUCUGGUGUUGAACAUAAGCACAGAGGAUGGGGGUUGUUUUUAGAGCACCACUGGAUUAUAUGGCUUAGAACAAAGAUUAUUUUCCAGUUUUCUGAUUUCAUAGCAGGAGCUUCAAGUUGGAUUAAAUGGUGCAGAGGGAGCACUGUAAAGGAUGAGGACAUGGAGAAAUGACAAUGAUGUGCCUGUAUCUGGUGGGGAAUUGAUGUAAUUUUGGACAAAGUCUUAAUUCUUUGUCACAUUUAUUUAUUUUCUUUCUGACUGAGGCAGGAUUCCCAACUUUAGUGGUCCCAAAUACUGAGAGGUGGUGACGUUCCUUAGUUCAAAAGCUCAGUUUAGGUGAUGUAAGCUGGGGUGCUCUCUUUUUUUUUUCUUGUAAAAAAUGAAAAAAACCCUUGUCUACUAUUGUGGAUGACCUAAGGAGAGAAGUUGCACAGCCCAGCACUCACUGAAGCCUGUGAGGAUAAUGCAGCUUUGUGUACUUUGAUAUUUAUCUUUCCAGCUUCCAGGAGAUGGCCAGGAGCUGAUAUGGAGGGAGAAUGGGGAACUGUCAAGUGAGGAGGACAAAGUACAACCUUUACUGGUAGAUGCAAGUUAUCCUGGCACUUUGGUAGCACUGCCUGCUCUAAACUUGGGGCUUUUUGCCGUGAAACUGAAUUUUAAGUCCACUCAGUGUGGCUUGGGCUGUCUGCACAGUGGAGUCUCCAGGACCUUGGAACUUUAUUUGAAAGGAAUAGUGCUCACGUUCUGUGUAUUUUUAAGUGAUUCCUCUAACACCAGGGGGUUUGGGAUUAUCUUAGAUUUGGAACAGAGUCUUUCUGCUUUAUUUAUUUUUAUUUGUUAAAUUGACUCAUGGCCAGUUUCUGUUCCCACUGCCAGAAAUUCCCAACAACUCCCCUGACUUGUACAUGAUUAUUCCAGGUUCUUGCUGUUGUAAAUGACAACAGAACUGUUCCUUUGCAUGUAUUUGCUUUGCCAGCUCUGCAGACUGAUUCAAUCUGGGCAUAUUUUGGAUUGCUUUGGCAUUUUUGUGCAGCUUAGAAAAAUAACCUUUCCCCCUGCACAGGGGAGGUGCCCUGGGGCUGUACCCAGGUUUCUUCACCAGCUGGACACAAUUCAGAUCUUAUCAGUGGCAUCCCCUGCACUGGAGCUUAGGAAACCUCAAAUAACAGCUUUCCUUUCACCCUCAAUACUUUAUUUGUGAUUGAGCAAGACAAGGAUGUUAAUGGGCUCCUGCUGCCAGAGCAUUCAUCUUGCUGGGGUGCAGUGACACUGACUUACUGCCUUUGGAUCUGGUCAUCGAUUGUUGGUGAAUUUAUGGGCAGCGUUUGUUCAUUAACAAUGCAAAAUGAAGCAGUGCAGGGAGGCUGAAUGGGAAGGGGACAGGAAUGCUGCCUUUCCUUAUCUCUUGCAUUUAAUCAACCUGUUUUGACCUAUUGGUUCUGUAGCCACAGAACACAGAGUCUGAAAACAAGCUGUGCUGACCCCCACACGUCUUCCAUGGCAACAUUCUUUGUGGUUAAUUAUGUGCUAUAAAAUAAUUCAUCAGCAGGGCCUAAAUGUUAGGAUGAUAACAUCCAGAUCAGGAUGGCCCUGUGCGUAACAGUGCAGUUGUCCCAGUUCUCACAGGAUUUAAAGCCAGCAGGUGACUGGAGCACAGACUUUGCAGCCAUAAAUGCCUGGUUUGGGUUUUCCUCCUCAGCACAGGCCCUGACAUCCUGAAAGAUGGACACAGCCAGGGAACAGAGCUGCUCUGAUGUGGCUGUGCUUCCCUUGCAGGCUGCUCUCUGGCCUGGUUCAGGGGUGUUUGUGCUGUAAACUCCCCAGUUCUCCUGAGCCUGAUUCCUGACCUUCCUCCCUGCACAGAGCCCUCAGCCCUUCUCUGAGUGGAACUGCCCCCAGCCAUGAGCUGAGCUUUUGUGGUAUUUGUGUGGGUUUGGCCCUUUCUUUUCAAAGAUUGUAAAGGCAAGUCUUGCUCCAAAGCUUUACAUAACCAUGUUUUAUUUACACAGUCUCUGUGUGCUCAAAUAAUUCUACUUAAUAAUGACUGCUCCCUUUACCUGCAGCGACAGGGAAAUCUCCCUUUGUUUGCUGCUGGAAACUUCCGGCCAAAGGCCUCCACUGGAGGUGGUGUCUGUUUCUACAGCACAUAAAUCACAAUAUUUUUGAUUACUGUGCCACAGCAGUGGAGCCUGGGGCGUUGCUUGGGCCGUGGGCCUCAGCUCCAUGACUGAUGUAGAGGGACUGUACCUCACUCCUGUUUGCUGCUGCUGUUCAAUGCUGCAAUCUUAAAAUGGGGUUGGGUUUUUUUGUUUUUUUAUUUUAUGCACGUCCCUCUUUCUUGCUUUUUCUCCCAGUCUUCCAAAGAAAUGUUAUUUUCUGCUCUUCAGCCUAAGAAAAGGCAUGAGCAGGGCCCAGAGAAACCCAGUAUCUUAUUUAAACUUGGCUGUGGGACUUCUGUGCUCUUUCUGGCUCUUUCAGGAGUGAAUUAAACUCCUCACCUCCCUUCUAGUCCAAAGAUGAAACAGGAAGAGUUUUGAGCCCUCACACUGAACUUUUUACAGAUAUUUUUCAGUCUGAGGUGACCACGGCCAUGUCUGGAAUUGCAGCAAAUAUUUACAGCUGAGCAGCACAGGAAGGUUUAAAGGAGAGGAGCCCUGUGCCAUGUUCCAGGGUGAAUAAUGAUUUAACUGUUGUACAGCACACUCUGAUCUGUGAAUGUCAACAGUGCAGGGCCCUGCACAUGGCACAGCACCCCCAGAUUCCAGAUGGGAAGGAUUUCUCAGCACCAGGAGCUGUCCCAGCACUUUGAUGAAGGAGCAGCUCCUUGGCUUUAUCCCUGGCUUCUUCACCCCAUGUGAACUGACAUCUCUUGCCUCCACCUUGUGUGGCUUCUCAAUGCACCAGAGCACUUAAAACAUUCUCAGUGUGUAUUUUAUGUGUAACUUUGUGGAGCACAGCUCCUGUGUUGGCUGAAUGUAUAAAAUGAUCUGCCUACAACGUUCUCCUGUUCACCUUAAAAUGUGUAAAUAAAUCAAGCUUUACACUCUUGCACUAUAAAGGACAGCUGCUUCAUUUUUCACAGGCAAUGUUGCAUGUCUGUUUAAUUCUAUUUGUCUUUCAGGUGAGACAAAUGAAACCAAACUUUGAAUAAAAGAUUGUGGUAAAAUGAAACUUGGAAUAAAAGAUUGUGGUAAGACCUAUA